AUGAACACAAACAACAAAAUGAUAAGGGCCUAUAGACUCGAGCUAUUGACCAUGGGGAUCAACCGCCGUAAGUUCAACCCACUUGGUACACAAGCGCAGCUUGAAAGUGAGGGCGCUAAGCGGAGCCAUGAAUCUUUCAUUAAGAUGCUGACAGAAAGGAAUCACCAGGAAGAACUUGUAAAUUUCAAAGAAGCAGCCCACGAGCUUGCCAAGUUGGCAGAGUAUCUCCUUUUACUAAAAGAAAGUGCUCUAGAGAGACACGUUGAUUUUGAUCAUUACCUAAAAGGUGAGAUGGACUCGGUGAUUGAAGAAUUGUCUCGAGAGUAUAUCGAUGAAUCUGACAAAUACAAGGACUUCUUGGGUAUCCUGGCAUCGGAUUUCUAUGAUUUCAAACUGAAGAAUUUAGGAGAAUUAGCCGAUUUCCAGGAAUCUUGCUACAACGUCCUCUGUUCUCCGUACUAUAACUACAAAAACGAAGAAUUCAUGUAUUUCGAGAGGUUUGUCAAGUACCAGUUGCUUCCUAACAUCAGGUCCGGCCAGACUAAUGCCAAAGAGGUACAAGUCGACUACGAGACCCUUGUGGGAAGACGAGUAAAAGUAUAUAGAGAUCUUCACUAUUAG